ACACUCUUUUAUUUGUAUAUUAAGAGAAUCUCCAACCAAGUUCCUAGUCCAUUGACAUCGAUUGCUAGUUGAAGAUCUAAUUGAUUGCCAUGGAACUUUUUUUCUCGGGUGUUUUUUGUUUAUUUAUCGUCUCAGUGUCGAGUUCAGGCCUCAACCUAGAGUUCUCCUGGACCAGGAUCAACUACGAGUGGCCCAGCAAAAGGCAAAGGUUUCGCAGAAGUAAUGGAGUGAACCCCAGAUAUGGAGGAAGAAGCUAUAAUGGGAAUGCUGACAGUAUCAUUUUUGAAGAUCCAGAUUUAGAGGUGAAGCCAAUUUUUGGAAAUGUUGGACAAACUAGUGAAAAUUUGCAAGUGGCGAAUGACGAACCUGUAGGGGAUAUCGAUUAUCAAUAUGAAAACAACAUUCCCAUGGGAGCGAACGUCUGGAAGAACAAACUCUUCAUAACAGUUCCACGAAGACGAUUGGGAGUACCAUCUACAUUGAACUACGUAUCUCUGGACAAUCCGAAUCGUCAAAAUACCCCUUUGAUCCCUUACCCCAACUGGAGUAAAAAUCUGUAUCCCGAUCCACGCAAUACUGGUCAAAAUUUUGUGUCGGUAUACAGGGUGGCAGCCGAUCCCUGUGACAGGCUUUGGUUCGUCGAUACGGGUUUGAUUGAACUACCAGGAAAUCCAAUAAGAGUACGACCCCCAACUCUUAUUAUCAUGGACCUCAAUACGGAUCAAAUUAUUCAUAGUUUCGAAAUACCAGAAGACCAAUUGAGGCCGAAUUCCGCUCUCGCUAGUCUGUCAAUAGAUGUUACGAAAAGUACCUGUGGAGAUGCAUUUGCGUACAUACCAGAUUUAGGAGGAUACGGUUUGAUAGUUUAUAGUUUGCGAGAAAACAAAUCUUGGAGAGUGAGUCACAACUAUUUCUACUUGGAACCAACUGCUGGUGAAUUCUUCGUUUCCGGACACCGUUUCCAAUGGAAUGACGGAAUUUUCAGUACAGAAUUGACAAGUCCAAAACAGAAUGGAUAUAGGGAUCUAUAUUUCCACUCAAUGGCAGGUACCAACAUGUACAAAGUAUCCACGAAGAUUCUGAGAAAUGAAACUGCUUCAACCAGGUCUUAUCACGAAGACGAUUUCCAGAACAUUGGUGAUAGAGGUGCACAAUCCCAAACCUCAUCUGCCGACAUUCAUGAACCAUCUGGAGUAAUGUUUCUAGGACUCGUUAACCAAAAUGCCUUGGCUUGCUGGAACACAGACCGCCCCUUGAAUACGAUAUCGCUCGUACAAAGAGACGAUAAAACCAUGAUUUAUCCUUGCGACGUUAAAGUUCGUAACGACAAAGUUUACCUGCUCACAAACACUAUGCCCGAAUUUUUAUUUGGACGACUGAACUAUGACACAGUAAAUUUCAGGGUAUGGUCAAAUACGGUUGAAAAUGCCAUUGCAGGAACGAUGUGUGAGACGACUCGAUUCAGAGGAAAUGGCAGAGGAAAGUAUUACUAUUCAUCAAACAUGUUCUUAGUUCUCAGUCCACUGACUUCGCUGGCUUGUCGAAGACCGGUGUUGAUAGUUAUGAAGCUUCUUCUAGUUUACGUUUUUUCUCUGGUAAUUAUCUCAGUGUCAAGUGCAGGACUCAACCUGGAAUUUACUUGGACCAGGAUAAAUUAUGAAUGGCCCAGCAAUAGACAAAGGAUUCGUAGAAGUGACCAAGGGAAUCCGAGAUACGGAAAAAGAAGUUACCAUCAACAUCGUGAAACAGUAGUUAUCGAAGAUCCAAAUUAUGUGGUAAAGCCACUCUUUGGAAAAUCAGAAGAAGACCUGAAGACGAUGCAUGAUGAGACAAGGACCAAUAUUGAUUAUCAGUAUGAAAAUAACAUUCCCAUGAGCGUGAAUGCCUGGAAGAACAAACUCUUCAUUACGGUUCCAAGAAGACGUCUAGGGAUUCCAUCUACCUUGAACUACGUCUCUCUCGACAACCCAAUCCGCCACAACACCCCUUUAAUCCCCUACCCCAACUGGAAGAAAAAUUUGUAUCCUGAUCCGCAAAAUACUGGUCAGAAUUUCCUCUCAGUAUACAGAGUGGCAGUCGAUCCCUGUGACAGACUUUGGUUCGUUGACACUGGUGUUCUGGAGCUACCAGGUAAUGCAACCAAAGUCAAACCACCAACCUUGGUUAUCAUGGACCUCAACACAGAUCAAGUAAUCCAUACUUUCCAAAUACCAGCAGACAGUCUGAAACCAAAGACUUCUCUCACCAGUAUUUCAGUAGAUGUCACUGAAAAUACCUGCGGAGAUGCAUAUGCAUACAUAACAGAUUUAGGAGCAUUUGGAUUAGUUGUUUACAGUUUGAAAAACAAUAAAUCGUGGAGGGUCAAUCACAGAUAUUUCAAUCCUGAUCCAAACCUAGCGAAUUUCUUCGUGUCUGGACACAGUUUCAAAUUCAACGACGGCAUUUUCAGUACCGAACUCUCUGGUCUGAAACAAAAUGGAUAUAGGGAUCUCUACUUCCAUCCAUUGGCAGGAACACACAUGUACAAAGUAUCCACAAUCCUCUUGAGGAAUGAAACUGAGUCGACUAGAUCUAGCGAUGGAACCGAUUUUCAGAAUAUAGGUGAUCGAGGACCACAAUCCCAAUCCACAGCGGCCUACAUCCACCAACCAUCUGGUGUUAUGUUCCUGGGACUCAUCAACCAAAACGCCUUAGCUUGCUGGAACACGAACCUACCUCUGAAUACAAUAUCGAUCGUACAAAAAGACAACAAAACUAUGGCUUAUCCCAGUGACGUCAAAGUUCAUGACGAUAAGGUCUACCUGAUCACGAAUUCUAUGCCUCAAUUUUUGUUUGGAAAAUUGGACUAUGAUACAAUAAAUUUCAGAGUUUGGUCCAACAACGUUGAAGAUGCCAUUGCUGGAACUAGAUGUGCUACAAAGUAGUUUAUGAAGUGAUGAUACAUUUGGAAGUUAUUCACGAGACUAUUGACGUUGAAACGACUGAAUGGAAGAUUUUUUUUUUAGUAAUCAGAUGUAUAAGUGACCUAUUAUAAAAACCUUCAAAUUGAAAAC